AUGGGACACCCUAAGGUCACAGAAAGAUGCGUCCCGGGUCCCGUCCCUCAGAUAAGGACGCGACAGGUGAAGUCAGAUUCUUCAGGCACUACGACCACAGAGGAUACCACAACGACAGAGACUACAGUUGCAACUGCCACAACUGCCACCACGGCGGCAUCCAAGGAUGAAACCGCACAGAAGGAGACGACCAAGAAGACUCUAGCGGAUAUUCCAGACAAGGGCGUUCAUGGCUCUGCCACAAAGCCAAAGGGGGUCAGUCGUCGCGCCAGGUCUACGAAGACCACGAGCUCCUCAGCCAGGAGACGGAAGCUGGAAGCCACGGAAGAAUUAGCACGCAUGGAGCUAAAGCAAGCUCAAGCUGCAGCGAAGCUAGCACGCAUCAGAUUAGAGCUGGCACAAUGUGAAGAUGAGGACUCCAUGGAUGAAGACCAGGAAGACAGAACAGCACAGGUGCAGAACUGGAUCGAGACAUCAGUAAUGGAAGAAAACAACAUGGGAAAACACGAGCAACGAGGUCAGCACCCUCCAGAAGAGCCAAUUGUGAAGCCUGAAGAGAACUCCUCAACGAAAAAAGAUACGAGCGAAAUUCAAGCGCUGACGAGCAUUGAAGGAAGCCCUUACCACACGAGGAGGACCAGUGGACACUUCCUCGUCGACUGCCAGAAGUUCCAGAAGACGUCAAUACAAGAUCGAUGGGCAACAGUAAAGAAAAGUCACGUUUGCUUCAAAUGUCUUCAAGGAAAACAUCGAAAGGAGAGCUGCAAGAAACCACCAUGUAAGGAGUGCAAGAGGUGGCAUCAUCAUUUGCUGCACGUCGAACCAGAAAAUAGGACCUCGGGAGAGAAGAAGGCGGAAACACAAGAAGAAGUAGCAAGCGUCAUGACAUCAAGGCUUUGCGAGCCACAGCGAGGGUACUGCAGUUCUUACAACUCUACAGAAAAGGGGAGAAGGUCAACGUCUCAAAAAGAUCCCACCUGGAAAAUGACAAAAAGAAAAGGCACGAAGACUGUAGAGAAGCAACACAGAUCUUCAAAAACAAUAGAAAAGAAAUAUAUACCGAUGAACACCGAACUACUCGAGAAAGCUGAAACUCUUUUGCUGAAAAGAAGCCAAGACAACAGUUUCAGAGAAGACAUCAAGCGCCUUCAGCAAGGGAAGCAAUUAGAGGGCAGCAGUAAAUUGAAAAGGCUCGACGUAGUAUUGGAAGAGGGUCUCCUGGGACUAAAGGGACGCGAUACAGGGUGUGACCAGGGACUACAAACGACCCAUCGUGCUCGACAGUAA